AUGCCCCAGGUGAACACCACUUCACAACAAAUUCUUGAUAUUGAAGACGCUCUGGUAUCCGAAGAGAACCCAGCCCAUGAUGGUAGUCUCGACUAUGAGCGUUGCGCCAGACUACACAACUACUUAGUCGCGUAUGGUUGGAUGGCUCGUCACGAACGAGACACUCCCGACCUUGAUGCACUAGCCAGCGAAAAGUGGUUCUUUCAGGAGGCAGAAGAGGAUAUAGCAGCUAUUCGGAGCCGCCUCAUUACUCCGCUUAAAUCGUUCCUGGAUUCAAUCUAUGAUCCCAACCCAGAUUUCUUCUACUGGGUUAACCGUCUUGUGAUGAUGCCUUGUGACGAGUAUAUCAACGAUGAAGACAACAACGAGAUGGAGGAAGGCAAAGAGCGAUUUGUUUUGAUUUAUCAGACUGAAAUGGAUCUGGGCUCGCACAAUCUGGGCGUUAUUUACGACCAGCAGCGUAAUAAGGCCUCAUUCCCUAUGACUAUAGAGAAUACUGAAAGUGUGGAGCCUGUACAUGAGCACGAAGAGAUGUGGCUCCCGCUGGAGACUAUUCUGACUCAUUGGAUAUAUAUGAUUCGAAUUGGUAAAAUUGUCCCUGGACUUUCUGAAGGGGAUUUGUCUGGUGAUCCGAGUCUCGCGGCAAACAGAUCACAAUUUGGUCUGUGGUCAUGGCUCCCUUAUUGUGAUUUCCAGCUUGAUAGCACAAUAGCUGCGAUCGAGCGCUACUCAGCGAUAGUCGAAUCUCGAAUGCCUCCUGAUUCACUUCUGCCGAUUUCUUCUGCGCCACUCUUUACUGAUGCAGAUCUGGAUGCGGCGGGCGUACCGCAGGAUUGUUUUAUUCGCUCGCUCUUGACCCGGGUCAAGACUCCACGUUUCAGGUUUAUCGCUCCUGGGCUAGAAGUUCCGCACGAUAAGGAGGCAUUUAUAAGGCGCCAGACGUUUACCAGUAUGGGUAUAUCCCUUGAAGAAGGUUGUGUUCCGGGGGUCUUAAUAUUUGCAGCCCCGGACAAGCUGGUGGAUGUCAACGACGAAAUCCACUCCUUAUUCUCUGUCGCGCAUGAAGACUUGGGUAUAGAAGGCAACUCUAUUCCAACUGGACUUUACAGUGAGCCUGUGCGUCGGAGCAAUUUUGAUAUGGAGGAGGCAGGCUUUCAUAUUGUGCUUCCGUUCGACUUACGACGGGCUAAAAUGAGUGAUGGGAGAUCAGUCACCGACGGAUUAUUCACAGAUAGCGAGGGCUCAUUCACAAAGCUUUUUCAGCAUGGUUACUUCCAUCCCUUUGGGGGUGAACGGCGAGCACAGAGAUUGGAUAAUUUAUUUGACCGGUGGACGGUGAUGCUUGAAAGUGGUAUAUGGACAGUGGGUGAAGAUGGUGUGGAGGGAGGAAUCGAUAAAUUCAGAGAAGCAGAUAGAGGUGACGGGACCGAAUAUUCGAUUGCAUCAAGCUGGUGA